AAGACUUGAUAAAAGAACCUCCAUAAACCUUCCACAUAUUGCGACAGACCGGCCCGGUCUACGUAAUAGACAUCUACUGAUUUAACGACGUAGAGAGCCCUACCCCUCAAGUGUUACGUGGAUGAGCCCGUCAUGAUGGCUGCCGACCCACCAGGAAUCCUUGACUGACCCUCUAAAGUGGCCAGUGAGCGGGUGUAAGGCUGGAGCUGCGUGGGCGCACCAUGAUACGACACCCCUCUGUUCGCCGUGGACGACCUUGGCAGUGAUGGACGCCACCGUGCCGCCCUAUUCCACUGUCCAGCACAGUCGACCCUCCUACCUCGACCCUCCACCGUCUUACGAUGAAGCCGUGUACGGUUUCACGGCCACGCCAAUCACCACGGCCCCCACAACUCCGUCAGCGAUCUCACCGGCCAGGGAAGGCGUUCACAGGUCUACAGGAGAUGCGAGGCGCAUGCGCAAUACGCCUUCUACUGCCAUUGAAGACGCCGCUCGGGUUCCGAUAAUGUCGGAAGUGACGUCACAGCAGAUUCGGAACUCAACUCAUCUCAGCGAUCACCCAGAAGGCGUGUUAAUGAUAUACCCCGGUCACGUGGAACAAACUCGCAAUAACAACAGUCGCAGACAUCGCUCCGGCCCUGGGCAACCCCCCUCCCGUGCCAUGACGAGGCUGCUGAUCGUGGGAGCAGUGCUGACAGUGUUGAUGGUGUUGGCGGGGUUUGUGGUCGGCAUCGUCACCAGGGACCCUAUUCACGACAAAUCGGAUGAUGAUACCGAGUGGAGGUCAACAAUACGACCUUGACCUCUGUAGUAUACAUAAUGACCUUGACCUUACCUAUGCUUCUCGUUCGGAAGUGGCUAGCCGGAGGAGACAAGAGACGUUAGUGCGUUGACCUUGAUAUUCAACCUUUACCUUGCACCAGAAACAACCUUACAGCUGCUGGUGAACGCGACCUCUCGUCUGGCAUUGAUGACCUCUCGUGCACAUCAACAGACCGCCACAUAUCCGUCCACUUCUGCUUCUUCAGCUGGUUCACAGUUCGGACUGCGCAUCGGCAACUUGUGAUAUGAAGAGACGGAGCCUAGCUUAAUCUAUUCUUCCGCGUGUUGUCUGGACAUGACUGAUCGCACAAGUCUUCCAACAACCGCAGCAAUCGCGAGAUGUCCAUGCAGACCCCAGCAUGAUUCUGAUAUGUUCCUGGUUAUCAAUAGAUGAUCUUGGUGAUCCACUGUUCUAAAUGAUGUUCUGGCGGAAUCCGUUAUGUCCGAUCUUCCCGUGACAAGGGAGUUAAAUGACAAUAAAAGUCCAGAUUCCACUUUUGCCGAACUAGGCUGGAAUUUCGUUGCUCGAUCGUAGCGUCACCAGUGGCUAUUACGAGUUAUUGACCAAUCAGAUUCCACCUCGCAUAUCACUUGCCUUUGCUUCAAACAAGAUGGCGGCGCCCAGUAAAGACGAUCUGACCAAUAGUCAGGAACUCUUUUGUAUUUGGAACAUAUCUGGCGACGCCCAUUAACGGGACACACGCUUGGCAAAUCUUGCAGUCGACGGAAAUCUACACGUUGAAAUUAGUGUUGUUUACGAACCGGGUGUCUAGUUUGUUACGCGAUUUUAAUUGAACUAUGCAUAGACUCGUUGGUCCAGCCAAAACUCCGAAAUUCCAGCCUUGUUCAUCAAGGGUGGAUGGAAACUGGAUUACUAUAGUCAGUUAACUCCCUUGCAUCCAUUCGCCGGUGUUCCCCACAUCCAUUCAUCGGUGUUCCCCCAAAUCAGCUCCCCAGUGUUCCCCACAUUCGUUCCUCAGUGUUUCCUACAUCCGUUCCCUGGUGUUCCCCACGUCUGUUCCCUACAACCGUUCCGUACAUCCGUUCCCUACUACCGUUCCCUACGUCUGUUCCCUACAUCCAUCCCCCACUGUUUCCUACAUACGUUCCCCGGCGUUCCCAACAUCCGUUCCUCACAGUUCCCAACAUCCGUUCCCCACUGUUCCCCACAUUCAUUCACAGUUGUUCCCCCACAUCCGUUUCCUGAUGUUCCUCACAUCUAUUCCCCAGCGUUUCACACAUCCGUUCCUCACAGUUCCCAACAUCCAUUCCACGCUGUUCCCCACAUCCAUUCCCCAGUGUUUCACACAUUCAUUCACCAUUGUUCCCCCACAUCCGUUCCACGCUGUUCCCCACAUCCAUUCUUCAAUGUUCCCCACAUCCAUUCCCCAGUGUUUCACACAUUCAUUCACCAUUGUUCCCCCACAUCCGUUCCACGCUGUUCCCAACAUACGUUCCCUACAAGUCUUCCACACAUCCAUUCCCCGGGGUUCCACACAUCCGUUCGUCACAGUUCCCAACAUCCAUUCCCCACUGUUCCCACAUUCAUUCACAGUUGUUCCCCCACAUCCGUUCCCUGAUGUUCCCAAACAUCUAUUCCCCGGCGUUCCACACAUCCGUUCCUCACAGUUCCCAACAUCCGUUCCUCACAGUUCCCAACAUCCGUUCCCCACUGUUCCCCACAUUCAUUCACAGUUGUUCCCCCACAUCCGUUCCCUGACGUUCCCCACAUCCAUUCCCCGGCGUUCCACACAUCCGUUCGUCACUGUCCCCAACAUCCGUUCCUUACAAGUCUUCCCCACAUCCAUUCCCCGGCGUUCCACACAUCCGUUCGUCACUGUUCCCAACAUCCGUUCCUUACAAGUCUUCCCCACAUCCAUUCCCCGGCGUUCCACACAUCCGUUCCUCACUGUUCCCAAAAUCCGUUCCCCAGUGUUCCCCACAUCCAUUCCCCGGCGUUCCACACAUCCGUUCCUCACUGUUCCCAACAUCUGUUCCCCACUGUUCCCCACAUCCAUUCCCCAGUGUUCCCCACAUUAUGGUUAGAUGUAAACAUAGUUUGUCUUCUCAUAAUACUACAAGAACAUUUAAAGUGAGAAUUAUUUAUUUCAAAUUUUGUUAUUUUUUAGGAUUCAUAUUUUGUAUGUUUGAGUCGCAUGUUAACUGUUUCGGCAUCACUCGAGUGCAAAAUUCGAUCAAGCUUCUUUGCUUGAAAUAAUUAAAAUGGGUGUAUUGAUUGAUCAAAAAAGGCAAAUCUUUCCGCGAUCGUCAGAAUUCGUCUGGGUCUGCCAUACUUGUGACGUCAUAAGCGUCGGCGAUGAUGUGUGUUGAGUCGGCGGAGAUUAGCCAGGGCCUUUGCCACAGUGAUGUCGGAGCACAGAAACAUAGCAAUUAAAUGUCUUCCAGAUAAAGGCCUUCUGCCUCCCCUCCAGAUAUAUUGUCUCAGGAUCGUAGACUCGAAUUGAACCAUGCGACUAGGAACAGGUAGUAACUGUUUGUGACCUGGCUGAUUGUGCGACAUCGUUCCCGACGGCGUGGAUUGCAACAACCCUGAUUUGUGUGGUUCUGCGGAUGUCAUACCCGUGUAUAGAGUUGUCUGGACGCUGGAAGAUGACAAGAUGUGUCUCUCCCCCUACCACAGAUGACCCCCGGACAAAGAUAGCCUCCGGACCACACAAAAAUAGUUGUUUCUUUCAAUACUUUUUAAAUCACUAGACAGUUUUACAUCUUGUGUUUUUGCAAGUGGUAUAUAGUUUCAAAAUUAAUUGCAAUAUACAUUUCAUCUAUAACAUACUGUGCUGUUUUCCAUGUCGAUUGACGCGUGGUGAACUGAUUGCUAUACUGUGUGGUGUACUAAGUACCUUUGUGUCAUGUGUACUGAUGUGUAUAAGGCCCCAUGUGUUGUAAUGCCAUAUUUACCACGACCAGGGAAGGCGUGUUUGGGCUAAUGGCGAUGUAAUAUUAUCAUGUAAAGGGACCAUUUCUACAAACCAUAUAUAAUUUGCUCUGGAAAGACGUACUAGAGCUAACGGUGUUGUAUGAAUCAUAUAUAUCAAGACCAGAGAAGAUAUAGUAGGACUAACGGUGUUGUAUAGAUCAUAUAUAUCACGACCACAGAAGAUAUAGUAGGACUAACGGUGUUGUAUAAAUCAUAUAUAUCACGACCACAGAAGAUAUACUAGGGCUAACGGUGUUGUAUGAAUCAGAUUUAUCACGAUCAGAGAAGAUAUACUAGGGCUAACGGUGUUGUAUGAAUCAUAUAUAUCACAACCAGAUAAGAUAUAGUAGGGCUAACGGUGUUGUAUGAAUCAGAUUUAUCACGAUCAGAGAAGAUAUAGUAGGGCUAACGGUGUUGUAUGAAUCAUAUAUAUUACGACCAGAGAAGAUAUAGUAGGGCUGACGUUGUUGUAUAAAUCAUAUAUAUCACGACCACAGAAGAUAUAGUAGGACUAACGGUGUUGUAUAAAUCAUAUAUAUCACGACCACAGAAGAUAUAGUAGGACUAACGGUGUUGUAUGAAUCAUAUAUAUCAUGACCACAGAAGAUAUAGCAGGGCUAACGUUGUUGUAUGAAUCAUAUAUAUCACGACCACAGAAGAUAUAGUAGGGCUAACGGUGUUGUAUGAAUCAUAUAUAUCAUGACCACAGAAGAUAUAAUAGGGCUAACGGUGUUGUAUGAAUCAUAUAUAUCACGACCACAGAAGAUAAAGUAGGGCUAACGUUGUUGUAUGAAUCAUAUAUAUCACAACCAGAGAAGAUAAUAGUAGGGCUUACGGCGUUAUAUACUAGUACAUCUAGAUAUCUCGACCAGAGAAGAUAUAGUAGUGCUAACGGUGUUGUAUGAAUCAUAUAUAUCACGACCACAGAAGAUAUAGUAGGGCUAACGGUGUUGUAUAAGUCAUAUAUAUCACGACCAGAGAAAUAUAGUAGGGCUAACGGUGUUGUAUGAAUCAUAUAUAUCACGACCACAGAAGAUAUAGUAGGGCUAACGGUGUUGUAUAAGUCAUAUAUAUCACGACCACAGAAGAUAUAGUAGGGCUAACGGUGUUGUAUAAGUCAUAUGUAUCACGACCAGGUGGGUGUGCUUGGGCACAUGUUGUAUCAAAUCAUUUAUUCCACAAUCAGGGAGGUUUACAUUAUAUAUUCCACAAUCAGGGAAGAGUGAGUCGACUAACUCCCAGCCAUACUGCUGACCUACUGACUCAUUUUCUGUGUGUUGUCUGUGCUGUAGCCUCCGACGACGUCUUUGUAGUUCACCGCAACGACUCCAACACCAUUUAGGCGAAUACUGAGACUUGUAUAUUACAGAGAUGAUAACUAGUGGAAUAAACGUGCAGUCCCGUCAUCUUGUUGUCAGUGUCGUUAAGAGCAGCAUGUCGGGCUCGUCCGGGACAUGAUGGCGCGCGGGACAUCUUCAGUGGUGGCUGGAUGAGGUCGUGCUGUCAGAUCGAUGAAGCGGCGACUGACCAGAACUCGGUAAGAGCGACGGGCAUCGCUCAUCUCUCGUAUCGAUCUCUACCUUUCAUCCCUCCAACAGACCUAUCCCAUUUGCUGUGGCAGGCUGAGUGCCAUUGUCGUCGUGGUCUUGCUCUGAGGAUGAUGGCACGGUGUAGAGGACGUCACGGCGAGAUGGAGACUUUACAGAUGUAAAAAUGGUGGAUCGUCAAGAGGCAGGUCUUAGUACUACUGGCUGGGAUGAACUGAGAAAUAUGUGUCUUCCAAACCCCCCAUACUGAAAUGGAGUCGACUGAGGUGGACCCCGACAUCAGAAAUGACAUCGUGCAGCCGCCAUCUUAUGCAGAAGCUAUCCGAACUCCUGUCCCACUUCCGCUUCCGCCAUACCGACCAGUAGAGUUGCGCAGUCGAUCACCCCCACCACCAUACUCAGAGGUGAUUGGUCAGAUAAUUCAUGAAAACAAUAGCCCUAUACCAGCUCAGCCAAUCAGAUGUGCCUAUCAAUCCCUCGUAGCCAAUGAGAGUGGACGAAGAGCAAGACAUUCCCGAUAUUCGUCAGGUCGUUCCCGGAAUCGUCACCCACCGACCUGGAGGACGGUGGAGCUACAGAUACCCAGGACGUCAACUGAUGCGGCCGAGAACCUUCUUCAGCAGGUGCGACGUCCCCCCGGCUCCCUCCCACAACUGCGACUGCUCCGACCCCCACUGCAGGACCCUCGCCCCCUCCGGAACGGCUUUCCCACGGUCAACAACAAAAAAGUCAUACACAUCCUGGCGGGGGGGCUAGGUUUGCUUAUUCCUCUCGGUGUCAUCAUUGCCAUGGCAACCAAAGAAACGCCCCCCGAGAUUGAGACAUCGACCCAGUUGUUGUCGACGCCGUCGAUCUUCUACAUGAAGGGCCCCGGUGUGAACGUGGACAGUGUGCACGGCGACAACUUCCCGCUGGACAGGGCAGACAAUGUACGGUUUAAGCCAUUCAGGAGAAAAAGACGGACAGUCUGAUGCUGUGUAGCCCUCGUAGUGUAAAUAGUGAUGGAUGCAUAAUAAAUGUGUUUUUUUAUUAAUAAAA